AUGCACCGGCCGGCCGCUGCUGGGCCUGGUGAGCUGCUAGCUGCUCGGCUAACUGUUCAUACACUGAUGGAGAGAGGAGGGAGAGCAGACUGGUUAUCAUACAAGGCUCUGAGCUCAGGAAGUAAUAUUUCAGACCCUCUCAAGCCUGACAGCACUUCAUUUAUUGUUGAUCCAGACAUGCGGGUUGCAGUGAUUGGAGCUGGGGUUAUCGGCCUGUCGACAGCUCAGAGCAUCUAUGAGCAGUAUCACUCCAUCGUCAGUCCGCUCACCAUCGAGGUUUAUGCAGACUGUUUCACUCCUCUGACCACCAGCGAUGGAGCCGCCGGCUUCUGGCAGCCAUAUCUCUAUGAUAACGGCAAAGUGGAAGAAACGAGAUGGAAUAAAGAGACAUUUAACUACCUGCUGAGCUGCCUCAGUUCACCAGAAUCAGUAAAAAUGGGCAUAUUUCUUCAGUCUGGAUACAACAUCUUCAGUGAGCCUGUACCGGAUCCAUCAUUUAAAGACAUCGUCCUGGGAUUCAGACGACUGACAGAGCGAGAACUUCAGAUGUUUCCAGGAUACAACUUUGGUUGGUUCAAUACUGCUCUAAUGGUGGAAGGUAAAACAUACUUACCUUGGCUGAUGGAUUGGUUGAAAGAACGAGGGGUAAAAUUCUAUCAAAGGAAAAUAAAGUCCUUCCAGGAGCUGGCAGAGAGCGGAGCAGAUGUGAUCAUAAACUGCAGUGGGCUGAGAUCAGGAGAGCUGCAGCCUGACCCUGAGCUUAAACCGGGCCGCGGUCAGAUCGUCAAGGUAGAUGCUCCGUGGCUGAAACAUUGGGUUCUCACCCAUGAUAUGACAAAAGGAGUCUACAAUUCUCCGUACAUCAUUCCAGGGAGCCGUCUGGUGACUGUCGGUGGAUGUUUUCAGCUCGGUAACUGGAGUGAACAGAACAACUCCAUCGACCAUAGAAAGAUCUGGGAGGGUGCCUGCCAGCUUGAACCAAGUCUCAAGCAUGCCAGGAUAGUGGAGGACUGGACAGGCCUCAGGCCUGUUAGAAACAAAGUCCGGCUGGAGAGAGAGACCAUACAGAGUGGAGGAACCAGGAUAGAGGUGAUUCACAACUACGGCCACGGAGGCUUCGGACUCACCAUCCACAGAGGCUGUGCCAUGGAGGCGGCAAGGCUCUUUGGUGGGAUCGUGGAGCAGAAAGGAAAAGGUCCAAAAGCUCGUUUGUGAUUUUGUUUCAGAGACUAAUGAUCAGAACCCUCCUUUUUUCAAACAUCCAUCAGUGCCUUCUGGCUUUAACUCAAUAAACUUCUUUCUAUUUUUGCAACUUAAAAGGAAAAUAUUUUGCAAGCUUUUGCAGGUGUUAAGAAUUUUGGACAAAUACCACUUACUUCUUCUUGAAAGGGGGACACUGUUUUUAAAUAAAGAUUUUCCUCAUUAAUACACUAACUUGCUUUCAUGGUAAUCAUCAUUAACAAAGACCUAAACAGAAUAAAACUAGAAUGUCAAAAAAGUUUUAUUUUGUUGAAAUAAAAGUCUUAUUAACAGAUUUAAUCAUAGUCAGAAAAAUGAUCCCCAACUGAAGCAUUGUUUGAAAAUAAAAUAACUAAAAGCUAAUAAAAUUAUGGAAAAAUA